AAUUUACUGAACAUAUGCAAGGAAUAGUACAACCUCUCUUGGGGAUCCAAAAAUGUCGGGUUAACGUGGAACUUUUUCUGGUAGUUUUGAUCCAUCAAAUAAAAUAACGAAUGAACCAGAGAUCGAGAAGGGGGCGGGUUCCUUUCUCAGAGCAGGAAGCUUUGCGUACGCCGCCGAGUGACGUGUUACGUAAGGAAGUUGAUCAAGCUUCUGCUGCUGACUCGGACGGUUGUUUUCCUUCAGCAAUAAGUAUCUCUCGCUUAAGUCAUAUUAAAUACGAUGCUAAAAUUACAUACAGACCCGGAAGAGACAUUAUAUACGAAAAGUUAGGAUAUGCCAUCUGACUUUGUAACGUAACCACAAAGCCAGCUCCGUGUGGACGACGAACCGAGUCGUUAGUCAACCAGCAAACGGGUUAGCAACAACACACAGCUCCACACCGUGUGCUGCCCAGUGCCUAUUUAUCCUCUAUUUCGUCAUCGUCUGUAGACGGCCUUUACAUCCUGUCUCCGAGUUCAGUCCGUGGUCUCGCCAGGAGAGGAUGAACUGGCUUUUCCCCCAGUCCAAAGGCUCCGGACCUCUCCCUCCUCUCAACAGCCUCCAGCAACAGCGACAGCGGCAGAUCGAGUCACUCAAAGCCGCUCACCCGAGCCUUGCAGAGAUCCAGAAGGAUGUGGAGUACAGAAUACCAUUCACAGUCAACAGCUCUACCAUUAGUGUUAACAUACUGCUGCCUCCACAGUUCCCCCAGGAGAAGCCGGUGGUUAGUGUCUACCCUCCGGUUGGUCAUCAUUUAGUUGAUGGCAAUAAUGGCACCAUGAUCACUAGCCCCCUCAUCACUAACUUUGGUAUGCACUCAGAUCUGGGGAAGGUCAUUCAGACUCUGCUGGACGAGUUCUGGAAGAGUCCUCCUGCCUUGAUGGCCACCGGCUCGGCUGGCUUCCCAUACAGUAUGUACAAGCCAUCGGGGAUGGCGCCUUACCCCACUCAGGCUUAUCACUAUGGUCCUCGUCAUGUGGGCCCCAGUCACACGCCGCCCCCUGGUUCAGGCCCAGCUCCGAUGCCUCACCCCGGGGUCGAUGGUGCCCAUGGGCCUCCUCGAGCUCCAGCCCCUUACGGCCUGAUUAGUGACCUGCCAGUGCCUGUUCCUACGGGAGACUCUCAGGCUGGACUAAACGGACACAUGUACAAGAUGCCUGAGAUCCCGGAGUCUUUCCCUGAACUCUGUGACUUGGACCUGACCCAGUUGUCGGACAUGUCUGAAAGCGAGGACAUGUUGCUGGAAUUCUUUGUGACUUUGCCACAACUGAAGCAGGUCACCAGUGAUAAAGAAGAGCUAGUGACCAAUAUAGUGGACAUAGCUAAGAAAAAUCUUCAGAUGGAGCCGCAGCUGGAAGGAAAACGACAAGAAAUGCUCUACAAGUACGAACAGCUGACUCAGAUGAAGUUGGCUUUUGAAACAAGGAUGCAGAGACAGCAUGAUCUCAGUGAGAGUUGCAGUCUUAGUACCCUACAGGCCCGCUUAAAAGUUGCAGCCCACCAGGCGGAGGAAGAGUCUGAGGAGACGGCCGAGAACUUCCUGGAGGGACGCGCAGACAUUGACGAGUUCCUGAGCAGCUUCAUGGAGAAGAGAACGCUCUGCCACAGCAGAAGGGCCAAAGAAGAAAAAUUGCAACAGUCCAUCAACACACAUGGACAGUUUCCCCCCAGCCACUAAAACACAAGAUAUGGUGUUUUCUCAGCCACCUGCUGCCAACUUUAAGGAUAAAGACAUUUGAUGGGACAAAAAGUGCACUGGGUCAACAAUGGGCACUUUUGGAGAAAUAGGAAGAAAGUGAUAGCAGCGGUGGGCAAAGAAAAAAGAAGCCCAUUGUGCUCCGGUCUGGACUACAAAUACUUUCGAAGUUGGGUUGUGUGAAAGCAAGACGGAGAAUCUAUUGAGGUACCACAAGAGGCCAAAACUGGGAGAAUGACACACGCCUAGCUUUUCCAACCCCACUACUAAGAUUUGAUCUCACUGUGGAUGAUUUCUAUUGCACAUGCUUUCUGUUCAGAUUUUACUUGACAUUGAUGACAAGUUGGUUUUCUUCACUCUCACAGCGGUCAAUGAAAACAACACCUGCUUAUGAUCAGAUUUGUUGUUGUUGAUGUUAACUCAUCUGGAAGAAAUGUACAAAUUAUUCAGGACAGGACUUUUUUCAUGCAGUGAGCAAGUACAUCUCCCAAUAGAAUACCCAUUAAAAUGCUAAUGGUGGUGUCUAUACUUCCAUCUCUAUGGUCAGUGUCAAGACCUUAUUCCAGAAAAGUCCUGAAGGACAGACGGAAGAAAAUCUGUUCAAGGUCCUCCUUUUAAAUCUGAGAUUCUCCAACAAAACAGAAGCAAGCACGAGGUAGUGUUGUCAAGAGAGCUUAACGUUGAAACUCUUCAUAUGGCAGUGGUUCAAUGAAUCAAGUGUGGCCCUUAAAGUAAUGACUUGAAUACAGCCUCAACAACAGUUUAUUUGCACCGACAUUAAUCAUUUGAUUCAAUACGGCAGUUUUCAACACCAUAAUCGUUUGAUCCACUUCAGAAUCAAAGUCAACAUAAUUCAAAUAACAAACCUGAUCACUGGUCAGUCUUUUUUUAUUUUUUUAUUUCUGGUUCAGGUUUGAUGGAAGAGAAUAAAAUGUUUCUUUAAGGUUUAUCAUACACUUUCUCAGAAGUUGACCAGUUUAUCAAACAGGAUAUGUAAACUGCAGUUAUCGAGAUAUCCAUAUAAACGGUUAGACUUUUACAUGAAUUACGGUAUUAGAGCACAUGCUGACAAUGAUCAACACCAUCAUGACAAACCGUCUAUUUUCUGACACCAUAUGAACUUAUAAUUGUCUCUUAACUGAGCCUCAGAAGAUUUGGGAUAAUGUUGAGGAGUAUUAGGGUUACAUGCUCCAGUAAAACAUGAUGACAUUGGAUACUGUAUUUAAAUAAUGUUAAUAAUAGGCUAUAUUGUAAUCAAAGACUCAGACACCUUGUAUUAUAUGUUCUUAUUUAAUUUGUUAGUGGAAUAAAGCAUUUAGCAUUAA